UUUUUUGUUGUUUAGAAUUAUGUUUUGUGCAUGAAAACCUAGCAAAACCCACGGUCACAACCUCCCAUCGUGUAGUGACAAGGAUCUUGUGAAGUGAUAUACAUAUUUGUGCAAGAAGCGCUAACGCUUUCGCCUGUUUCUCCAUCUUGUGGGAGUGAUAGGCAACGCACCUUAAAAAGGGGGUUCCACCCUUUUUCCCCACCAAGCAGCAGCAACACAUUCCGAAGGAGUCGAAGUAAUAUCAACUAAUACGAUGGGUGGAUGCUGCAAGUCAUGCGUGACGCGGAUACCGUACGCGACACUGAUCGCGACGGUAAUGUGCCUUAUCGGAGUCGGCGUGUUCUGCGGUACCAUGUUCCGUGGCACCUCGCUGGCCAUCAUCAUGCUCGAUCAAGUGUUUCAUCUCCGGCUGCCCUGGAUCGAGGCGGUACAGAUCAUCUUCGUCGUGAUCGGUGCCACGAUGGCAGCGCUCGGGCUAAUGAUCUUGUUUGUCGGCUUCCUGGCGACUGGUGCUACCCGGCACAAGGUGUACCGUGCGUGGGGCUCUCGCGUCGGUGGUCGCAUAUCGUGCGCCGUCUUUAUGGCCAUCUCGUACGUGCUGAACAUUGCGUGGAUUCUUAUACUUUGCUUCCUGUCGAUCGUCACGUUUGUGUUUACCGUGUUCUGGAACAUGUGCGCCAACACGAACGUACAGACGCAUCGCGACUGUAUUGAUCUGACGCAGUUCUACUUUAUGUUCCCCGAUGGUGUCAAGCAAGAGGAUAUGAAAAUUUGCGAACCGGCCAAGGUGAAAGCGUUCUGUAAAGAUGGUGUAGAAAAGUGUGAAAUUAUGUUCAUCUUAGCAACGGUAUCGUGCCUGCUGAUCAUACUCAGCUUCGUGCAUUAUCUGAUGUGCCUCGCGGCCAACUAUGCGCACAUUCGGGAUCACGAAAAAUUCCAGGAGCUGCAGGAAAUUCAGAACCUCACCGAGAUGGAGUACAGUGCGGCGUCGAAGGAUCGGUUCUAGGAUACGGCCCAGGAGAUCUACAUUGAGCACAGCACAUGAGGGUGGCCCCCCAUCAAGCCCACCUGUUAUGGCGCUGUACGAGCAGCUUACGUUUAAAUUUGCCACCAAACUUACCUAAUCCUGGGUGUUGGAGGCCAAAAGCUGUAGCACCGCACAAGCUGUCUUUUAACGAAAUUUGAUGCUUUAUUUUCAACCCUUUCCCGUGUUGGGAUCGUUCAGUUAAGUUUAAGUAUGGCUCGGUCCUUUGGUCGAGUUAAACCCGGAAUUCGGAAUUCACCACUGUGUGGAUAGAUUAGAUUACGUUUAAAGCUCUGGCACUGCCACGCAAUUAUUGUUCUUCGUAUUUUUUGUAAAGUGCGAAUUGUGCAUCCUUAAUUUAUUUGAUACGAUCACACACCAUUUGCUUGAGUUCGCCGCACACAUUUUGUUACUUUUCAAAUCCGUCCAAAAAUGAAGUAAUUGUUCUUCGUGGUACUGUGCUAUGCUUUCGUCGUUUUGUUCGGAUCAGACUUUCCUUUCCCGUGCUAUCAUUUCGGUUUAUUCUAUGCUGCUGCCCCUCUUGGUAUCGCUUACGGUUUAAACAAUAGGCUCAGCAUGUUCGCCCAAUAUAGAUACUCCUGGUUGCAGCGUAGUAGUACAGGUAGCGUUAGAGCGACAACGACUUUACGAUAAUGACACAGAUAAAUUGCACACAACUCUUUGCGUAGCCGGAAUUCUAGUGUAGUAGUAUUGGUCAGCGCAUCAGGGAUAGCACACAUAUACACUGUCUGUGGUGUGAUGCUUUCCCUGUGCUAGAAAACCCCUCCCAAAAUGAAAGUCUGACGAGGUAACAAUAAGCAACACAACGGUCUAUAUUGCACAAUACAAUGCUGCGUAGCAUUGGGAGGAAGUGCUCAAAAGUGUGUUCAAUAUAUACAUUACUUUUGCUUUCGUAAAAUCACUGCGCUUUGGCCGUGGUUUAAGGAUUGUGUUAAAAGCAGACACAAAUGCCCGGUUAUUGGCAAUAGCAAUAAGAGACAUAUCGAUUGAAGGAAAGGAUGCGAGAUAUUGACGAAGUAGGAAGGAGGGCACCUGUUCGAUGGCACAGUUAACAAAAGAACACCCCCACACUCACACACACGCAUAAAACCCAACCCCAGCUAAGUAAAGAAAAUGAAACAUAAUACAUUCCAGUGUGAUAAACUUAGCGGAAAUGCGGAAUCCUUCAAACCAGCAUACAAUCUUGUGUAUAGUUGAACAAAACACAACAAUGAAGAAAAAUCAAUGUAUUUGAAGAAGGUGGCGUAGCGCUAGGAAGAAAUGGAAAAGGAUAUAGUAUUUUUAUAUCUAUUGAACGUAAAUGUUAAAGGGAAAUGAAAUGCUACAUACCUACCAGCAGUAUGUGACAUAUUUUUAUACAAAACUCUGCUACAUUCCAACCCAGGCAGGCGAGAACCGUUUUCGGGACGCUUGCGCGAUCUCCUCGAAUUAUACAGUACAGAGAAUUGCACAACCAGUUGCGGUUUCAAAAGUAAGGCCAAGAUCACUCAACGAAACGACAAAACAAAAUAAGGUAUGAGCAUAUAAUAUUUAGCGUUUCUUUGCAUUUAAAGUGCGUAAUGUGUCACAGUUUUAGGGAGAAAUUGUAGAAACCCAUGUUCAUGUGAUUGCAGUUUUGUAGCUUUUUACAACGCUUGUCUUUCGUCAGCACCGCGCCGCGCACAUUGUUGCGCUGCGGGAAAAUCUUUUAAUUUUGCUUUUCCGCAUACCCAUAGCUGUAAUAUCAACAGCCAGAAAAAUGUUUAAAAAAAUUGCUUAUUUACUCACGUGUGCUUAACAUAUUUACAAGUUAAAAACAACCCCAAUAACUUACUCUCGUGUACAUUCCAGUUCACCAAACCCGGCCAUUCAAAUUCUUUCGGUCGAGUGAUCGCGUGAUCCACCAAACUAUGCUUAAACAAUCAAUUUUCACUCUAAUUCGUAAGUGUUCCCUCAGUAUUCAUUCAGUAUUUAAUCGUCGUUCAUGUAAUUCCACCACAAUUUGUAACGUUUAACUCACUCUCUUGCUAUCUAAACAUUCUUUACCUUAUUCCAAAUGAAUGGCUCGGAAAAUCUGACCAUUACGUUCGAUUAGCGCACUCGUGAAUUGGUCUGUUUCGAGAUAAAAAUGAAAGCCGUAUUUUUUAUAACAAAAGCGGAAAAAGGAACACAAAAAUGUUGAAUUUGAAAAAUUCACACUUAUAAAACGACACAUUCUAUUGCUAGUGAGUAAGAAACAUUCAGCAGUUAAGUUAAUGAUUUUCUACUGUUGUAUUCAUGAUAAGAUAGUGUUUUCUUUUUCUUAUUUUUUAACACAAGGAAAACCACAUUGUUUACAAACGAUCACCAGCACAAGAGAAAAUGAUGUUAUAAGCUUCAAACAUUUACUUCAAUGUUUUUCGUUAGUUUUUUUUAUGAAUUAAAGCAAAGUUUUCUGUUUCUCUUUUAGAUUUUUGUCCAUCCUUUAGAAG